UUGCGAUGGCGCCGAUGGCACUGGGCCGCGCGCCAUCAUGGAGCGCAAGCGGAUCGCCAAUGCGCGGCAGACGGCAAUGCGGCAGAGAAAAUUUCAGCGACUUGCAAGGCAGCAAGAAGAGGAGGAUAAAAGGCUUGUGAAAGAAGCCUUGGAGAGCAGGAAAAAAGAAAGAGCGCGGUUGUCUGCAUAUUUGUAUCUAACAAUUCCGAAGGAUAAAACGCAGCAGCCAUUGAGAACGCGUCAGAAUUCCACGGUAAAAGCAAAACCAAGCAAGCCUUGCAUCGUACAAAACCAAGACUUUGCCGCAAGGCUCAGAGAGACAAUGAAAGCUGCUGCUCAAAACAGUUUCUUGCGUGAUGAGACUCGGCAGCUUUUCUUUCGAAUGGGCACACACGUCCCAAGCAGAACUCCAUCAGAAGACUUGACUUGGGAUCAGUCGCGUUUGCUAGGUUCCUUCGACGAGGAAACGGACAAUGCACUUAGAAAAUGUGCAGCUGCGAAGAAUCUGAGAGUGACGUUCCAUCCGGCUGCAGUCCUUAAAGAAGAUGCACUGGGUCAUGGUCCGGAAGCGGAAGGGCAGCUCUUCAGCGAGCAAUUUGGCCGUUUUGCCGAGUCCAGGGAAGGAGACGUAGUAAGACCGCUAUCACCGACUAUAGUUUUUGAUGGCCCGGAUCCUGAUUCGUCAUCGAACAGCUCGUUUCUGGCUCAAACUACAGCAGAGACUUUGUCCAAGCCAGAAGGCAGGUUUUCCAUCCCUCAAGCUUUGGCUGCUGAUGAACAGAAGACUUCCAUAGACGACUUGAAUGCAUUUCUCGAAGAGGCACUAAAGCUCCGACUGGAGAACGAAAAUGCUACGAAUCGGAUGAUUGCUGAAGUUACCGGCCUUGAAUCACGUCUGGACGACUUACAACCAAUGACCUCACAAAGGGCAUGCGGUUUGGGAAACGAGCAGGACGAGACGAACAGGUGCUCGAGCAUGAAGGACAUGCUAGGAGUAGGAGUCUCACAAGACACAAUACAAUUUCCCGAGGCCUCGGCAUGUAGCAGGGACGAGGACGAGUCACAGAGGACGAUGCUACGUAGAGACUGCAAAGUUUACAGGUCUGAGGCUUGGGAAGUCGGUUUUAGUGAUUGCGACAAUUGUAGUGAGCAGCAGUGCGCAGUUCCUGCGCAGCAGGAUCCAGAGCCAACGACUUACAGUGAAUUUCCGACCUUUGGGGAUAGUACUUCUGAGGUUGCCUCGGGCAAGCAGUGUUCUACCGGUGGCAGUAGUUUGCCUUCGUAUCCAGCGAGAGAUGGAAAUUAUCAUUCCUCAAGUGGUACUGUAGAUUCCCGGGGAUUCAAGCACAGGGCCCGUGUAGCUGAUCUGACAGCGCUGUCAAGAGCAGAGACCAGUGUGCUUGCGUCGAUAGAAAGGCUUGACUGGAAGCUCGCAUCCGCAAUCGCCAGAUGCCGGGAUUCCGGCCUAUCUGAUGGUCACUACUCAGUACAGUCCGCACCAACAGUCAUUAGUCACGGGAAUGGUAGCACAGGCUCUAACAACGCCAGGAGAUACGACUCAGCUAGAACUCAAAGUUCCCAUUGUUUGAACCGAUCCCGAAGGCGCCAAAAUGUUGGACUGACAAAUAAACGUCACGACGGGAGGUUUUCAUGCUCACAGAGCCAGCCGCGAGGUGAGAAUUUUCCCCAGGUUGUGGACAGGACACUAGAGCCGAGAUGCGCACCUUCAAACGGCAGGGAAGGUGUUAUCGUGUUUCAUCCGGAUGCUUACUGCUUGCUGAAUCCAGUUGCGAGUCCUUGACUGGGAAAGAUGGCCAAAUCAUUCUUCUCAGUACUAGUAGAGGCACAGGUGGGUGAAGUAACGGGCACAGGGGGAAGGCGAAGAAAUUCAGGUGAAUCGAAGUCAAAAGGCUGGUGGUUUGUACACCCGACUGCUGCAAGGAACGCAUGGACUAGCUAACCUCCCCCUCACCAACGCGACACAUAAACUAAAGAAACGAUGACAGCACCAUCUUUUGACUUCCACACCACACGAGUCCCACACUUUCGGUAUGACGGUACUUUGCGUCCUGGUGCUCGGAGACGGAACGAUCAGUGGCAACGAAGAAGAGGCUUAAGAUAUCAAAGUACAUCGCACAGGCUCCUGUUUUGCUGCCAAGCGUGAGAAGACUUGUUUAAGUCAGCAACGGCACAGACGACCAAUAUCUUCUCAGUGGGAAAGAAACCGGAGUGAUUACAAGAUUCCGAACAUACAACAACGAUUUUCUUUUCUCCUUGGAGGCAACGAA